AUGGAUCUGUUACCAUGCAACGAACAACAAGCAAAUAUGUCAUCUGAGCGAUCAAAAAAACCAGUACCCAAAGAGCCGCAAGAACAACAACAAGGACCUGCUGCCGUUCCUACAUCACCGAUUGAACAACAACAACAACAACAACAGAACGUCGACACUGAUCAACAAGACCGAUCACCGGAACAUAAACCAGUUGACCAAGAAGAUCGUCAUCAAGAGCAAACCCAACAGAAAAAAACAUCUCCACGACCGCAUUUACAGCCAGAGAAACGACCAGUAGAGCAACAACGACAACAACAACCAAAAGAAAUACCUGCGUCCCGAAAAACAAGUCGAGCGAAACGAAAUCGUGCUAAAAACCAGAAACAACCGAAAAAGAACAUGUCUAGCACUGCACGAUCGCCAUCUGAUACAAUGACAUCUCCUGAUGACAGUAAACAGCAAUACAAAAAGAGCCAUCCGCGCAGGCCAGCAGAUCGAAGAAAAAGAAGAACCGUUCCACGCGGUGAAAGUGUUAAAGAGCCAACAAUAGUAUCGCCAUCACCUCCACCAUCACCAUCCCUGAAGCAGCAACAACAACAACAACAACAACAACAAGCGUUGAUGUCGCGAAGACGUGGAGACAAGGCUUCUCUCUGUGAUGAUAACGCCGAGGAUCCUUAUCAGCUUCCAUCGGUGAACGAGGGCGCCAUCGUGGAUCCUUAUUUAGGCGAUGACUACAACGAUAGCAAUUAUGUACACAAAGAAGACUGGAAAGAAGAAGGUCAACAAAGUCCAAUGGUGGAGGAGCCAUGCAGUCAAGAUGAGCCGUUGAACGCCCCAUGUAGUCAAUACGAUCCAAGGAGUUAUGUUAAGCAGCAGCCACAACAAGAAGAUGAUAUGAGAUUGUCGCAACAGCACUCGACAACAGCUGGAAGCCAUCACCAUCUGCAGACACAUCAACUGUCUGCAGAAGAACUUGGACGCUUACUACAGAAUAACCUUCAGUUCGACCCUCCACGGGAGGAGGUGAAUUUAACAGGAGAACGUCUGGAUGCCUCUGGGAACGUACUAGACAGUGAAGGCAACAUUAUUGGUACCGUAGUUAAGGAUGACUGGUCUCAUGUAGCAGGGAAGAAGGUGAACGAACACGGCGAGAUUGUUGAUCUAGCGGGCAAUGUCUACGGCAAGGUUCGACCGAGCACUUCUACGAGCAGACAACCGUCAAAGGAUAACAAUAGUAGUGGUACUGAUAGUAAAAAACGUUCUGGCAUUAGCUUCAGCAAUAGCAAUGGAAGUAGUGAUGAUCUUGUUGUCAAUGUGGAUGCAACUAAAGGUGGCAUUUCAUUUUCUAUUCAUAUUCCUCGGCCGCAAUAA